AUGGCGGCACUCCUGUGGCGCAGCAACACGCACGACGAGGCGACAGCACGAGGCGCAGACUCGCAAGGAGCGAGCGUGGGCAAGGACACGAGCACCCUGUACGACCUCAACCACACCCUCGCCGCCGCCGCCGCCGCCGCCGCCCCUCAGCGCGCUCCCUCCCCCGCUCCUUCCUCGUCCCUGCGCAAGGCACGCUCCGCCUUCGACCUCUCGCCCCGACUCGGCACCACCGACGACGGCUUCUUCAGCUGGAAACGCUGGUACGGCGCCACCUCGGCACCACCACAAGCCGCCGUGCCUCCCGUCCCGUCGUCCGACGAGGUGUCGCGCCUCGUGCGCGAUGCCCUCCGCCGCCGCCGCGAGGCCGACGACGACGUCUCGCUCGCCUCGUCGGCCGCCUCGUCCCAGCUCAGCGACGCAUCGACCGACUCGCCGGCGUCGUCGAGCGGGACCUGGGACACGUCCGCGAGCGAGUCGAGCAAGGCGGCCGCCGUCCCCUCGCGCUCGUCCGGGUACGACCAGCAGGACCUCGACGGCCUGCCGACGUUGGCCUACGGCACGUGCGCCUCGCCGUCGGCGGCAGUGUCGAGGCUGCGAGCGGCGCAGUCGGUUGCGACGCUCAAGGCGCCGCGCAUGAUCCGCCGCGUGUCGUCGAGCGCGAGCAUCUCGCCCGUCCCGGUCGAGCUCCCGCCGCGGUCGCCGCACGCCGUCACGUCGCCCACGUUCUCGCCUCUGUUCGACGACGACCCGUUCGCCACCCUCGCCGAGGCGUCAGCCUUCCCUCCCCCGUCGCCGACGCUCGAGCCCCUCCCGACCUCGUUCCGCUCCCGCCUCGCGUCCUCUCUCCGCAAGUCGGCCUCGUCCAUCACCCUCCGCAACCCUCUGCGGUCCUCGCACUCGUCGUCGUCGCCCGCCCCUGCCGUUCCCGCCCUGCCGGCGGCGCACACCGCCCCGCCGUCCGCCGCCGCCAUCCUGCGCGACCUCCUCCUCAAGCACGACUCGGUCGUCGACCCCUCGACCGAGCCCCUCUCGUCCCUGUUCGACCCGACACUCGCUCCACCCGUCCACGACGACAACGGCGACGAUAACGACGAGGCCGACGACGCGCGACGCUACUACUCAUCGAGCAGCGACGACGAGCCCGACGGCCUCUACUCGUCCGACGAGUCGGCCUCGUCGUCGUCGCACCACACGGACGUGGACGACGACCCGUUCCGCGCGACGGCGCCCGCGCACCUCGCGUGGAUGGCGCCCACCGGCGCCGCCGCCCCCGCACGAGGGGUCCGUGCGGCGCCCGAGGACGAGCCGGGCGCGCUCGACUCGCCGUCGUCGGCCUUCCCGCCGUUCGACCCUUUCGCCCUCGCCGACCUCGGGCAUGCGCCUCCCCUCCCCUUUGCCCUCGCGCGCGCCCAGGCCGCCACGCCGCAGCGAGCGCGCCCGCGCCCGCCGCCUCCCCCGCCGGCGCGCAUCAUCACCAAGCAGCGCAGCUUUGUCGACCCGCGCACGCGGCAGCUCCGGACGGCGCCGAGCGUGUGCGUGACGCCGAGCACGCCGGAGAAGAAGCGGUUUGCGCUCGGCGGCGAGCGCGAGGUGGGAUCUGGUGCGGGAGGGGCGUGA